AUGUUCCUGUCGGCCCACGCGCUGAAGCGAGAAGAUGACAAGGCUUUCGAGGCCAAGCACGGCGGAUAUGCCCUUUCGAGCUACUAUCCUGAUAUGAAGACCGGCACCAUUGUUCCGUCUUACAACUACAACACCUACGGAUACGGACAGCACUACCCUGGCUACUACCAACAACAGUACAACAACCAGUACUAUGGCUAUAUGACAUACGGACGA